UCCGAUGGUCAUCUGACGCUGAAUAGUCAUAAAUCGCUCGCUCGCACCGCUUGCGUUAUCGUUGAUGAUGACAUCCAACAAGAAUGGGCCAGAAGCUGACGCGCUUAUGCAGCGAUGGUGCGAUACAGGCUGCUAGUGUAUUAUUGUAUUUGAUAUCUUGGCCUUCGUACUAUCGUAGAGAUAACAUUAUGACUGAGUCAUGAGCAACGACGCAAAUGAAUCUGUGCGACACGAUGAUAACACAAUACAAUGUGAAACGUCGACACCCCGCCGCACUGAAAGUACCCUGUUGCUGGCGGGCCGCGGGCAGGAGCGUAUCACGUGAUGCUCCGCCCCGACUAGUCAGCAGUUCUAGCCGGCCUUUGAUGCUCAGCAGCUAGCAUCAACAACCAUAAUAUUUGCUAGCUAAUCAUGCUCGAACUUCACGUGUGGGGGCCUGCCUUUUCUUUGCCCUCCAUCGACGCCCAAUGCCUGGCCACAAUUGCGUAUUUGGUCAAGACAGUGCCGAAGACUGAAUGGGUUUUGGUUGCAACGAGUGACCCUUCUGUGUCUCCAAACAAUGAGCUGCCCGCCUUGAAAGAUGGCGCCACAUGGGUGUCAAAAUUCAGGAACAUUGUUGAUUAUUUGCGAAAAAUCUCGGAUGGGGCCUGGGCUCUCAACUCGCAAUGGACUGCGCUUCAGGAGGCUGAUAAUAUAGCAUUCUCUGCCUUGACCGAAUCCAACGGUCAACUCCUCAUCGACCUCUCCCUCUUUGUCUCCAGCCAAAACUACUAUGCCUGCACCUCCCCUGCGUACGGUGCCAUCCUAACAUGGCCGAAUCAAUGGAUACUUCCUCCAAAGCUGCGAACCGCCGCUAAACACCGCACCGCGCAUCUCGGUCUCUCCUCCCUAGAUCUCGAAGCAACCGAAGAAACCCAGGCACGAGCACGAUCCGCCGCCGUGGCAGCAGGCCAGAUCCCCAAGAAUUUGAUCUCCCGACCCCGCGAGACAGUCUCGACGCUGCUUGGUAAGACGGCUCAAAGUAGUAGAUUCAGACUAGAUGCGUUGACAGCGGAGCUAUUUGAGCCGUUAGAACAGCUUCUGGGGAAGAAACAAUUUCUACUUUCGGAUGACUAUCCGUCCACUCUUGAUGUGUUGGUGACGGGAUAUCUUUCGCUUAGUCUGGUCCCAAAAGUCCCCUCCGCGUGGUUGAGUGAUUCGUUACGUGCGAAAGCACCGCGACUAGCAACGUACGUCCAACGCAUGCGGGAUGAAUGUUUCGGGGUGGUGAAUCCUGUCGACGCCUUUUCCGACGCUUCCAACACGUCAGGCAUUCUUCCAUGGAGACAACCCGAGCGGGUUAAUGUCGCCAAAAUUGGUAGCACGCUUCUCAACACCCUCGCUGAUGCGACUCCCGUUGUUAGAGACUUUCGAUCGAACGACCGGCUCCGACAAGAUAUCAAAUCGAACGACGAUGAAAAUACGACUGAAUAUGAGAAGGAACUUGCUUCAAAUUAUGCUGUUGCGCAGAGGAGAGAGAUCUAUAUUACUGUUGCCUCUGUUACGGCGGGAUUGACGGCAAUGAUCGGGUACUUGAUUUACCAUGGUCUCAUCGCUAUUCCAAAACACACUGAGGGGGAAGACCACGAGAACGGCGAUGGUGAAUUCCACUCCUUGCAACCCACAACGGCGCAGGAUAUUUUGAGUCAUCUCGCGCUCUGAUCAAACAUCUA